AUGUCGCCCCUGCCCGGGGACGCCCGAGACCCCCGCUUGUCCCAGCUGUUCCGGAGCGUCCCAGCAGCCCCAGGAUCACAUGGCCAUGGAGACUGCCCGGAUGUCACCUGGCGUAGAGCUGUCCUGAGGUCCCACGAAAACCCAGGUGCCUGCCCUGUGGUGUUGGGAGGGGCAGUGCGUAUGACAGUGUGGGCACCCCUGACGGCCAUCAGGGCCAAGGUGCUGGCACCAUUGGAGCUCUGGGGCUGUGGUGUGGGUGUGGCACGUGGCUCUGGGGCUGUGGUGUGGGUGUGGCACGUGGCUCGGGCUGUGGUGUGGACGUGGCAUGUGGCUCUGGGUCGUGGUGUUGGUGCAGCAUAUGGUGUAGGCACCCUCUGUGCUGGCCCUGGUAGACUAGUGGGAAAGGUAAACCAUGCUCUGCCCCAGGCGCUGUACGAGCUGGUGAAGUGCAAUUUCAAUGUGGAGGAGGCCCUGCGCAGGCUGAGGUUCAACGUAAAGGUGAUCCGAGAUGGCCUCUGUGCCUGGAGUGAGGAGGAAUGCAGGAACUUUGAACACGGCUUCCGUGUUCACGGGAAGAACUUCCACCUGAUCCAGGCCAACAAGGUGGGUGAGGCUCACUCUUGCCAGACCUGCUCUGCCAUCCACGGCUCCCCCUGGCCACGUUCACCAGGUCUCCUCCUCACCCCACACGUUGCUGGCCCUGUUACCUGUGUCCUCCAUGGGGCUUGCUGCCUUGGUACUUCACCCGGAACAGAAUGCCUGGGUCUUCCUUCCUUCGCACCCAGACCCAGAGCCACAUGCCACGCCCACACCACAGCCCCAGAGCCCCAGAGUCCCCUGGGUGUGUGCCCGCUGCAGUGCUGCUGGCCCUGGUCUGGGCUGACGUUUCUCAGCCUCCGUCCCCGCUGGUUGUCAGGUUCUGUCACUGCUGGCAGCUCAGCCCUGCUUCAGCCUUGUACUGGGGGCCCGAUCACUCUGGGGCGGGGGCGGCAGGGGCAGGGAGGGUUGGUGUCAGCUUUAGUGAGUGGUGGUACAGGGGUGAGUUCUGGGCUGGGCUGUCACAGGGAUGUUGCUUGGUGUGACUGUGCCUAGAGCUGGCCAGAGGCCGUGCUCAGCCCUGAACUGUCACAC